CAUAAAUUCAACGAAUAGAGGGCGCGCUUUCACAAUUAACGUCUUUGGCGUCGCGUGUGUGCUACAAACGGUGGACGGUAGUGUUUUUUGCGUUCGUUUUUAAGCAAUUGCAAUCUGUAGUUUUCUUCUUUCUGAUUACUCAUCAUAUAUUAAUAAGCCAUUAUGGACAUCAGACCUAACAACACAAUUUAUAUCAACAAUCUGAAUGAGAAGGUUAAAAAGGAAGAACUGAAGAAGUCACUGUAUGCCAUAUUCUCUCAAUUUGGCCAGAUUUUAGACAUAAUAGCAAUGAAAACAUUGAAGAUGAGGGGCCAAGCAUUUGUGAUUUUCAAAGAGAUAUCAAGUGGUACAAAUGCCCUGCGCUCGAUGCAAGGAUUCCCAUUUUAUGACAAGCCAAUGAGGAUUCAAUAUGCUAAGACUGAUUCAGAUGUUAUCGCCAAGAUGAAAGGAACGUACGUGCCACGCGAAAAGAAAGUCGUUGAAAAGAGAAAGGCUCCUGUAGAGGAAGUCAAAGGCAAGAAAAACAAACCAACAGGCGCUGGUGUUCCACCUGUUAUGCCUGGUAUGAUGCCACCAAUGCCUGGGAUGCCACCAAUGCCUGGGAUGCCACCCAUGCCUGGUAUGCCACCUAUGAUGGGACAGAUGCCUCCAACAGUUACAGCACCAUCGGUUACAAUGCCAUCUCAACCUGCACCGGAACAGCCAAACAACAUCCUCUUCCUCACCAAUCUGCCAGAAGAAACCAACGAGAUGAUGUUAUCCAUGCUCUUUACACAAUUCAAAGGCUACAAGGAAGUGCGUUUAGUUCCCGGAAGACACGACAUUGCUUUUGUUGAGUUUGAGACAGAAUCACAAUCAUCACUUGCAAAGGGUUCAUUACAAGGCUUCAAGAUCACUCCAACUAAUGCAAUGAAAAUCUCUUUCGCUAAGAAAUAAUGAAUGCUGAUGAUGGUCAUUUCACAAAGGACAGUAUUUUUCUUCAUAAAUUUUAGCCUGUUUGCAUCAAUAGAUUUUGAUUUCACAGAUAUGUUGAUUGCCUCCAGGUUAAACAGGAACAAUUCUUUUUUUGUCUUGAAAUUUUAGGAAACGCGGUAGAAUUUUAAUUAAUUCCAAACAGAAUUUAUUUGUACAAUAAAUAUACAAAUAAAAUAGGAAAACAUGUCAAAAUGUUAGGAACUAUAGAGGUCUGACAUGUCGCUCUUGGUGUUGUCAUGAUAGCAUUGCACCCUCUGCUUUCUUGACGCAUCUCUUGUUUCAGGUUGUGUGCGCCAGUAAGACCUGGUCCAUCCUCCAAAAAACAGACAUGUAAGUAUAUAUCCACGAGAAAUGACAUCGAAGUUGUAAGCAUUGUGCAGCCUCAACGAUUUGAAUUGACAUGCUGUUACUGUGUUAUGCUGUAUUUAACGUAUUUGUUUUUCAUUUUGAAAUUAUGUACAAGAAUUCUAGAAACUAAAAGUGACGAAAUGAAUAAUUAUUUGCAUGCAUUGUAAUAGAAUCAAUUUUUUGAAAGAAAUGAACAAUUUAUUUAUCUUUGGUGAAGAUGUAUCUGUGUAAAAUGUAUGUUCCCCUCUAUUCUUUUAUGUAUAUAUUGUUCACAUGGUCAAAAAGCACUCUAUUCAUUGACAUUGUGAAUUUGUCAAAGGUGUAAAAAACAUUUAAUUAAUUAUGUUUUAAUUAGAAGCUAUUUGUUUAAUAUACUUAUGUAUUAUUAACAUUGCACAAUGGUAGAUAACCUCAGAUAUUACUGGUACAGUACUGCCAUUGCACUGUGGUCAGUAACACUAAGAACAGAUACUACUACAUUUUAGGAAGCGAUAUUUACAUUUUUUCAUUACAUGUUUUUAAAUAAAAAAUACAGAAAUUAA